AUGGAAGGAGACUCAAGUUUCUCAAUAAUAGCACCUCUAGUCUUCAAUGGUGAUAAUUACACCAUAUGGGCUGUGCGGAUGGAAGCCUACCUAGACGCUGUAGAUCUAUGGGAGGCUGUUGAAAAUGACUAUGACGUUCCUCCACUAUCAGACAACCCAAUGAUGGCUCAAGUCAAGAAUCACAAUGAAAUGAAAACCAGAAAGUCUAAGGCAAAAGCCUGCCUAUUUGCAGCAAUUUCAGCUACAAUCUUCACCCGAAUUAUGUCUUUGAAAUCAGCCAAAGCCAUUUGGAGUUAUCUCAAAUUUGAAUAUGAAGGAGAUGAUAUAAUUAAAGGCAUGAAAGUGCUGAAUCUAAUCAGAGAUUUUGAGUUGCAGAAGAUGAAAGAGUUAGAAACCAUCAAGGAGUACUCUAGAAGGCUUUUAAGCAUAGCCAACAGAGCGCAAGAACAACGGAUGGUUACGAGACAAGAAGCAACUGUAGAGGAAGCCUUGCCCGCCAAACAUGAAGAUGGUUGGAGAAACAAAAAUAAGAAAAAUAGAAAGCACCAACAAUCAAAUGGAGAAGCUGCAGCACACAGGAGCAACAAAAACAAAGCUGGAAGUUCCAAGGGAAAGUACCCACCUUGUAAGCAUUGUGACAAAACUGGCCACUCACCGUUCAAGUGCUGGAAAAGGCCAGAUGCUAAGUGUAACAAGUGCAAUCAACUUGGACAUGAAGCUAUCAUUUGCAAGAACCAAAACCAGCAGCAAGACACAAAUGCCCAAAUCGCUAAUGAAGAUGAAAAUGAUCAUCUCUUUGUUGCAACUUGUUUUUCAGGUAGCAUUUCAAGCGAUAGCUGCUUGAUUGACAGUGGAUGCACCAAUCACAUGACUCAUGACAAGGAACUUUUCAAAGAAUUGAAGCCUACAAAAAUUGCAAGAGUUCGAAUAGAUCAUGGUGGUCAUAUUCCUGCGAAAGGAAUUGGAACUGUUGCUAUUACAACCCAUUUAGGUACUAAAGUCAUCGAUGAUGUGCUUUACGUACCUGGAAUAGACCAAAACUUGUUAAGUGUUGGUUAG